GGUGGCUGCGAGUCCGAAGCCAGAAACUGCAGAGCUGGUGGCUGCAUGCGAUCCAUUCCAGUACGUUCUGACAGUGCAAUACACCACUCACUUCAUUGACCAUGUUAUAGGUCGAGCUCAUGAAUUUCCCUGACGCACCGGCCGUCAGAGAUGCGGGGCCAGGGACACGUAGUAUGUUGGACGACAUACUAGAGCAUCUAUCGACGACAUCGAGUGAUGCAUUGGCUGACCCAAAUCCGGACGAGGCAAGUACCGCCGUCGAGGAAGCCAGUCGCACACUCAACGUCGAAGCUCGAGAACCGGUACCGGCACCCCGGCCGUCUGACGGUAACUGUCGCGACGGAGGAUGCGAAUGAACAUCAUCUACCUCGUCGUCCUUCCUAUACACGCUGUCUUCCACGUCCUGCAUUCCCCGGGCUGUCGUCCUCGCUCCGUUAUGGUCCCCACUCCUUCACAAGUCUGGACACUUGACGCAUCUCAUCUCGCCGGCGUCAUCUCACCUCCACUCCUCCUUUGACCCUGGCCUUCCGCAUUGGCACCCGCGAGUCCACACUGGCGACGGCCAAUAGAGAAUCGCAGCUGG